CCAUCAUUAUUUUAUGGAUGUUUACCAAUGAAAGCCACAAAAACUUCGCAAAACAGGUCUUCUUACUACAAAUAGGAAACCCCAAACAAGAGAAACGGAAAAAUGUUAUCCACGUCGCCAUGAAAAGGUGGCUACUGGUAUUUCUCAUUGUUGUAAUUUCUGUUACACAAUUUCAACUGGAGGUUGCCGAUUCAGUAGGCAAAAGUAAAUAUUUUACUGCUUAUCAUCGAGUUUCUUCGUCUGUAAACCGUGACAUUGCGUUCGGCGCUCUUUUGCCUCUCCACUCAAAAGAUAAACAUGGAAAGUGCGUAGUAUCUCCAAAGCGCCAGGAAGGCUUUUUGUGGCUUCGCGCUCUGCAAUACUCGGUGGAAGACGUAAACAGAAAGUGGGAGGCGCGGCGUUUUAAUGCAUCUUUGACGCUGAAUGUGCGCGACACUUGUGAUGAUGAAGAAAUAGCAUUAGAACAAGCCCUCGACCUCGCAAAUAGAUACAAAAAGAGGGUAGAUAUUGACGACGGUAGCGACGAUUUGAAGCCGGUUUUGGGCGUUAUAUCUUCCUCUCAGAACAAAGAUGCUUCGACUCUCCUGGGACUGUUUAAGGUACCGCAAAUUAUCUUUGGUAAAGACAAAAAUGCGCCUGACAACCCAGAUCAUAUUUUGCAAUCAUUGUCCGUUGGAUUUUACAAGGCUCGUGCACUUGCAGAUCUCAUCAAAUAUUUUACAUGGAGUGCUGUGUCUGUCAUUUAUUCAACUGACCAUCAGGAUGACUUUGAAAUAUUUUUGCGUAUAUCCAACAUUGAAAAGCUUUGCGUUGCGGUGAAGGUUUUGCUUAGUGGCGAAGGAACAUACUCUGUGCGGUUUGAGCGCGCCAUUGUGAAACUGUUGUCUGAGCCAGCUUCCACCGUUGUUAUUCUAUUUACAGACGACACAGAGACAAAAGAAAUGCUACAAACUGUUAAAAUUGUGAGACCUAACACACACUUCACGUGGAUUGUAACCAAUCAAAGAGCCAUACACUGUUUUCAAGGUAGCUCACAAGAUGACACUUUCGUCAUCGUCCCCCGCUUUCCUUUCAUAGACAGAUUCAAGAACUACUUCGAAAACAAAGGUGAUACAAUCGAGUUUAAAGACAUCAUUGAAAUGCCCGUCAAUCAGAGCAGUUGCUCAAACAUUGGAAUGGUUGAAUCACCGUCUAAACGAGGAAAGGAAAAAGUUCAAGCUUCUAUGAAUAGUAUUUAUUUGUUUGCACAUGCGUACGAAAAGGCAUCUCGCGCCAUCAUCGGCCACACCACGACGCAGCUCGACCGAGUAGUGUUCUCCAGGAGUCUGGGACACGUACUAGACGUAUUUUACAGUCAAAACUGGAAGCGUUUCUCAGGUCAGCAGCAUAUGAAAGAAAAUAUGUUUUCUUUGAUCUCUGUGAAGUCGAAUGGAUCUGUCAAAAGCCAUGUUACUGUUGGUACCUGGAACAGUUCAUGGUAUAUCAACGAGCUUGGAAUCACGUGGCGGAAUCAAACGGCGCCAAAAUCCUCUUGUGGUACCCAGUGCCCUCCAGGUCACAUUCGAGUCUUAAAGAAUAAUACUGAGUGUUGCUGGUCGUGUGCGAUCUGCCACUACAAUCAAAUCGUGAAGGAUGAUUACACAUGCACAGACUGCUUGAGGGGCUAUUGGCCGAAUGAGGAUUUUAAGAAGUGCGAGUUUCAAUGGCAGAGAACGUUGUUCUUCUGCACUUUAGCUGUUUCAUUUGUGGCUGUCGUCUUCUUUUUCAUGGUGCUUUAGCCCUUUGACUUCCAGAGGUGAUUAACAAUACACUAAUUUGGUCAUCAUUCUCUUUAAUAUCAACGUCCUUUCUCCACGAUUAGCUGAUAGCAACCGUUUUGUUCCACGCGCUGCAAAUAGAUAUUUGAAGGAUCAUAGAUACGAUAACCUUCAUUUGGCUUGAACACAAUCGCGUGUAGUAGGCCCUUGACAUUACUGGUUCCUCAAAGCGUGCUAAUUUCUUCGUGCUCCCCUCUAGGAAAAGUGUUUACUCCUCGAACGAUCAGUACGGAAAAGUAUGUUUUUAUGCCAAAUGAAGGAUGUCAUUUAGAACCCCAACGUCUCUCUAUAAAAUCGCGUACAAUAAAUGCAUAGCAGCCAGAGUGGAAAAGUGUGAAUCAGACCUUAGGAGUCAAAGCAUUCACUAGUUUUCAAGUUGGAAAUGUUAAAAUUCUUUGAAUAAUUGAAGGCAUAAACAAUCACAAUUUGAUUUUAUUUUUUUGCAAUUUUCUUUUACAUUGGGUGGUUACGGGAUGAUUUUUUCCCAAGGCACUUAAAGGUGAAGGUAUAGCCUAGCCACUUAAAGAUGAAGUUAUAUUUUAAGGUUUAAAAAGUCGCUUCAGUCUGAAAAGUAGACAAGUCACGUGUUAGAACUCUUUUAAAGUUGUGUGAGGUUAAGGUGGAUUGAUUUUGAGUCAAUGUCAAAGAGAUUUAAUGGAAUUGUUUAUCUUAGUUUCAAUAAAAUGAGUGUCUGGCCAGAUCGCGGAUGAGCGUUCACGAUGUUAAUCAAAUGUUUAUGAGCAAUUCCAUAUUCUAUCUAAGCAUACUGUCCUGCCCGGAUCGAGUAACAGGUUCACCAGUGGCGCACACGCAAAAGAGAAAACUUCAGGCGAGGAAGCAAAUCGAUCACACGAACGUACAUUUCAGAUGCCGAGAAGAAUUAAAAAACCGUGCAAAGCAAAACCGCAAGUCUAUCAACAGCAAGCUCUGUUUGGGAGUAUAUCUAUAUCAGCCUUCAAAGACGUGUCUGGACUUGUUUUGUUUGCAAUUGUGGUAAAAGACUGUCUUUCAAAGAUCAUUGAGAUGUACCAGAGAACAAAAACCCAUUGUUAGUUAAAAGGGUAGAAAGCAACAUUUUAAAACCAGGUGGGAUUAGUACUCUACAAGUGCCAAAAGAAUUAAAUCGCAAAGCGUCAUCCUA